CAAGCGACGUCAGAAUCUCGCGACCCAACGUGGAUUUCAACGUCGUGUAGCAGCCCAGCGAUAGCUUUAUCUAGAUUAAAAUAAAUACAUUUUCUGCACUCAUUGACCGUUGCAGCUCCAGUGGUAUGUGUGCCGAGGCGCUUUUAACCUCCAUUUCUACCUCACUGACCACUUAAACGUUUUCGGAAGACUUUUUAACACGGAAUUGCAGUGGAGUGCCAGUUUUUCACGAGUCGCACCAGGACUUAACCUGCAUGAAAAUGAAGACUCCUCCUGAGGAAAAAUCAGCCAACUUUCUGUUAGACGCUUCUCUGCUGUAUAAAGAUAAAUGUCCUGAGCUAUCACGGUUCUUCCUGCAGUGGCCUGUGAAGGCAAACGCACAACCGAAGCAGAUAUACGCCAGUCUGUUGCAGAACACCUUGGUGUGUCUGCACUGUUAUCAGUGGCUGCAGCCUGACAAUCACCGGAUGCGGCUGAGGCCCAAGCACCGACCGUCAGCACGGGUGCAGAGUGUCCUGCGCAGGAAAGCCAGGGGCAAACGACUCAGCCUGGUGCAAAAAAAUCUGCUGCAUCGCUUCCAAAAGUCCUCCUCAGUACUGAUGGCCACCUGCCACACUUGCAAUACAACAUCCAGACACAAAGGAAUGAACAGGGAGUUUAUAGCUACACUCGCUAAGACCCACAGCACACCAGGGAGCGCUGGCAAACACAAGACUCCACAGUCAACCAACAGAGCCAACAUGACUACCCCCAAGACUCCUGGCAAAGACAAGACACCUGCUCAUACACCUAGGUCCUCCACCUCCUGUAACACUUCAGGGUCAGGCUCAUCUUCCUCUAAACCUAAAAAUUGGGUUGUCCAGCGUCUCAGCAAGAUACUCAUGCGAGAGGACAACCAGGGCAGCAAGAAGAGGGGCUUGAAAGAUUUUCUCUCCUCACUUUGAGUAUCUCCCAAAUGCACCUUGUCUUAAUGUAUACUCUUAAAAAGCAAGGGGUUAAACCCAUGUUGUAACCUGUUUACACCAAAGGCUAAGGGGGAACUUAAGAAAGUAACUUUGGUUUCCGAGCUGGUGUGGGGAGGGUUACAGUUUGCCCACCAACACAACUAUUGCUGGGCUGUUUGGAAUGGCACUCCUGGUAUCCUGAAUGCAACAACUGGGAGCACUGGGCUGGUUAUUUCAACUAUUAAUCAGGGUUACUGCAUCUUCUGCUAAGCCAUUUGGAGGAGAAUGCUUCUUUUGUCUAUUUUAGCACAUGCCUCUUAUAAUAUCCUAAACUGGGGAUGCUACUUUUAAGCGGAAUGUUAAAGUGGAAUUAUUCAGUGUUUAUCAAAUGGCUGAAACAUUGCCCAACUUUGUGCUGGCUGUCCAGCUUUGUUCUGUGAUGGCGUUUGUGGCAUGACAAGCUGGUUUACAUACCAAUAUCCUUCUACAUUUUGGAUUUUUCUUUUUCUAAAGUUACAAUUACACAUUUAUAUGAUAAAUAUAUAUAUACAUAUAUAACUAUUUCAUAUUCAUACUAUAUAUGUUAAAACUUUUGUAUUUGAAUUUAUUUACUCGCUUUAUUUUUUGGCCUUCUCUAGUGGGGAGAUGUGUCUGUAAAUUCAUUUGUUAUGGCACUAAACAUGACAAAUGUAUAUAUGUUGCCAUUGUUGUUUAUGUAUGUGCAUACAAAUGAUUUUAUAACUGCAUAGUCACCACUGAAGAUAUUUGUAAUUAUCUAAAAUGGGACUCUGUUGCUGUUUACAUUGAAUAGGCACAUCUGCCUAAAACCUGUACAGAAAGACUUAUUGACCAUCAAUAGUGUCAAGAUGUUUUCUUUCUUUCUUUUAAUAUUUUCUUUGGCUAUAUGUUUUUGUAAGGUUACUCUUUUCACCUUUUUGUUAAGAGCAGGAAUUUAAAUAGCUCUACUGCAUUUUGUACUGCCUGAUUACCUACCUGUUUUCCAUUAGCUAUUCAGUGUACAAUAUGUGUUUAAAUCCUGAAAUACCUCACAUUUGUAUUCCACCUACAAAGUGAUUCUCUGAAAUAAAAUCAGUCUGUGAAACUGU